GGAGCCCGCGCGCGCCCCCGCCCCGCCCGCGCCGCCGCCACCGCCGCUGUCACCGUCACCGCCACCGCUGUCACCACCCGGCUCCGGUGCGGACGCCCCCGCAGCGGCAGGUACCUUUGCUGAGAGGUGGCAGAGCAGCCUCAGGACAUCACCAUGAUGGAGGAUCACGCACCUGGCCAGGAAAAACACUUCUCAUCAGGCUAUCCCCUUCAGAUACCAGUCGAUGACGGAUCGGAUGAGCCUGUUUCUGAAACAUCUGAUGCUAAGAGCACCCCAACUACAGAAGAUGCCACAGCACCUUUAGUGGAGGAAGGAGACCACGAGGAUCAGGGUGGUGCGGAACAGCACGGGGAGAUCCCAGAAGGAACCACAGCUGAAGAGGCGGGGGUAGGAGCCACUCCCAACCUGGAGGAUCACGCUGCAGGAGACGCCACUCAAGGCGAGCCGAGCUCUCCAAAGCUCCAGCCUGGCCCUCAGGAGUGUGUGGGAGAGGCAGUAAAAGGUGCCAGCCAGCCCCCAGAGCAGGGAGCGGGGCUUCAGCAGCCGCCUCUGUCGCGUGAAAUGAAGGCCCCGGCAGCAGCUCCCACCAGAAUCGAGGUCACCAUCCCAAUACCCCUGGAUAUGUACCAAGGCUCUGGAGCAUCCGAAGGCAGCAGUGAGUUGUGGGAUCAGGGAGGCAGAGAAGGCGUCGGUGUGGAGCCAGAGCUGGGCCGUGGCGUGCGCACGGAGGGUCUGGCAGGAGCAGGUGGCACAGGUGACCAUAAAGAUGGACCAUCUCCUUUGUGUGCCAGAGCCCCGUUAAAAGAAGAUUCCAGCGGACGGGAGAGAGAUCAGGACCGGGAUAUUGAUGAAACUUCUGAGCAAGGUUUGCCUUCCCUUGUGGAUCAUCGUGUUUCACUGGGACCUGAAAAGGGAUUGUGUCCAGCAGCAGCCAAGGAGACUCGUGAAGAACAUGAUGGAGAAAACAAGUCCAAAGAUGUCCUCAGAGACACCCCAGGAGAGGCACUUCUGACUGAAGCUGAGCCACAUAAAGCAGGAGAGGACCAAGAGGAGAAGCAACAGCCACUGGGGGGAGAAGGAGGUCUGGAUGUGACCCCAUCAGAGCCUUCUGAAAGUGUCUCCCAAAAAGAGGCUGAGCCCAAGGAGGGAGAAGAUUCCGGGCCCGUGCUAGAAGCAGCCAAACUCCCUGCUGAGGUAGAAGAUGAUAUGAAGGACAAAGAUGCUCCUUCGGAAGAGGUUGUGCCAGAUGCAGGGGGCCGCCGGACGCCCAGGAGGAAGCCCAGUGGCCUGGCUGCAGACAAGGCCACUCGUGUCCCUCUCCUCAAAGGUCGUGUUGACAAGGAAGGGACCGAAGCUGAUGAAAAGAAACCCAAGAAAUCCUCACCCUGCCCUGCCAAACCCCCCGGCUCCAUCCCCCCCCUCCGACACACAGCCCCUCCGAAACCACCCUCCAGCCCUGCCUGUGCCUCCAAGCGAGCCUCUCCUGCGGCAGCCCGGCCUGCCGGUACAGGGACGCAGGAGACAAGAGCCAAGGCGAAGACGGGCACGGCACGCACGGGGCAGGCGCAGAGGAACUCCACCAACGCCACCCGCAUCCCGGCCAAGACCCCCACGGCCCCCAAGACCCCUCCCAGCUCCGGCAGAAAGGAGCAGAAAAAAACACCUCCUGCAGCAGCAAAGACUGAGAAAGGUGAGCAGCCAAAGUCUGGAGACAGAAGCGGUUACAGCAGUCCCGGCUCCCCCGGGACUCCAGGCAGCCGUUCCCGCACCCCCUCUCUGCCCACCCCACCAGCCAGGGAGCCCAAGAAGGUGGCAGUGGUUCGCACCCCACCGAAAUCUCCCGCCUCUGCCAAGACCCGUGUCCAGCCGUCGGCCGCGCCCAUGCCCGACCUGAAAAACGUCAAGUCCAAAAUUGGCUCCACCGAUAACCUCAAGCACCAGCCUGGAGGUGGCAAGGUGCAGAUAAUUAAUAAGAAGCUGGACUUUAGCAGCGUUCAAUCCAAGUGUGGCUCAAAGGAUAAUAUCAAACACAUCCCGGGCGGAGGCAGUGUGCAGAUAAUUAAUAAGAAGCUGGACUUUAGCAGCGUUCAAUCCAGGUGUGGCUCAAAGGAUAAUAUCAAACACAUCCCGGGCGGAGGCAGUGUGCAAAUCGUUUACAAACCAGUCGACCUGAGCCAUGUGACAUCCAAAUGUGGUUCCCUGGGCAACAUCCAUCACAAGCCAGGUGGUGGCCAGGUGGAGGUGAAAUCUGAGAAACUGGACUUCAAAGAUAAGGUGCAGUCGAAAAUCGGGUCCCUAGAUAACAUCAGCCACGUCCCUGGAGGAGGCAAUAAAAAGAUUGAGACUCACAAGCUGACCUUCCGCGAGAACGCCAAAGCCAAGACCGACCACGGCGCCGAAAUCGUCUACAAGUCCCCCACCAUCUCCGGAGAUGCCUCCCCGCGCCGCCUUAGCAACGUCUCCUCCACCGGCAGCAUCAACCUGGUGGACUCCCCCCAGCUGGCCACGCUAGCCGACGAGGUGUCCGCCUCGCUGGCCAAGCAGGGUUUGUGAUCGCGGCACGGCGGCCACCAGGAGAGAAGACAAGGAAAGGAAAGGAAAAAAAAAAAGAAAAGAAACAAAAAUAAUAAUCUGGCCUUCUUCCUCUGUUCCUUUUACAGCUGCUUCCCCGUCCCUAACUGGUUAAUGAUUUAACCUGCUUUUACUGUUCAUUCAGCUCUAGCUCCAGGACUUCAAAAUCAGUGACACUAUGAGGUACAAAACCUCCUCUCCCCCUGCUCCUCGGAGCGCACAGUCCAUCCCCGUCCCCGCGCUCCCCCCCGCUCCUGCCGCGUCCCUCGCUGUCCCAGCCCCGCCCGGGGCCACCCGGGAAGGCGGGGAGGGGGCCCGAGGGGCAGCUACAGCACGGCGCUGUCCCGAGCACCCCACACCAGCACAGGGCAGCGGGUGGCCCUCCUGGGAAGGGGCUGUGACCUUGCCCAGCUCGUGCCCUGCCACUGGCCGGGCUGGCCCACGGGCCGGACGCGUCCUGGGUGCGCAGCCGGGGCUGCGGGGAGAUGCCCUCCCUCCCCGCGUUAAAUUUGCCUGCUGAUUUGGAAGAAACCUUUUGUUUUUAUCUCCGAAAGCCGAGAUGUGUAUGAAGAUAACGGCCAGGUACCCCCUAACCCGCUCUCAGCUCCGGCAGCUGGAGUUCAGGCGACGCCGGGUGCCCGCUCCGAGGGGCCCCGGACGGCCGAUCCCUGUCCGUGGCUGUGCUGGAACCGCUGAGUGGAUGAGUAGAGGCUUUUCCCCAUUCCUUUGGCAGCCCCUCGUGUCGUAGAGUAGAUUUGUCUGUAUAUGCUUGGACCGUGCCAGGGUGAUUGUUUUCAUAAACGAGCAUGUGUUUAAAAAAUAAAUGCUGUAAGUAGUUUUGAGCUGCCCCACGCCGGCUCUGCCGCAGCCCAGCCGGGGGCCCGGGGAGCUCGGCCGGCUCCGGGUUGUGGCCAGCCCGGCACCCAGAGGAGCCCGGUGCCGCAUGUCUGCCGGGCGGGGGGCCGGGGCUGCGCCGGGGCUCCCCGGGGCCGGGCACCUCCCAGCGCCCUGGCAGCGUGGAUGAGGGGCACUCACAGCUCCAGUGCUGCGAUGGCUCCUGGAUUUGGGUGCAGCUUGUGACAUUUUUGGGUUGUUCUUUUUCUUUCCCUGCAAGGUCAGCUCAGCGAUGGCGGAGGUGGCAGCUCCAUGGCUCUGCUGUGCCGGUGGCAGCGGUGAGACCCUGGGAGGACGCAGGGGAGGCGGCAGCAGCUCCCCCAGCCCGGGGCCAGCAGCUGCUCCCUGGCACUGACCCCCCUUUCCGGGUGCUCCCCGGGUUUGAGGUGGCAGCGUCUCACCCCUCACACAGCACUGACCACCCCCAGCACCACUCGGAGACAGGAGCCAGUCGAGUUCUUUCUUUGGCUGCUUUUGUUCCUGUGGCUCCCUGGGGAGCACGAGGGGGUCCUGUGGCUGUCCCCGCCUGCCCCUUCCCUCUACAACCAAAGAGGCUGAGAUGCCACCAGUGAAGCUCCAUGUGUGUCCUCCUGCCCUGUCUCCCCCAGAGGCCCCAGCUGAGCUCUGGGGGUGGAGCUGGGGGUGGGAGGGCAGAGGGGGCCCGGUGGGGCCGCAGACCCUGCAGCGCCAGGCUGUGCCACAGGGAAAGCCGUGCUUUCCCAGCAGGGGCCCAAUUCCUGGUCUGACAGGGCUGGGGGGGAUCAGGGCCUCUGGUUGUCCUUGGGGUGGUGGCUGGGUGCCACCAAGGCUGUCAGAGCAGCUGUUCCUGGGCAGAGCAGCAAUUCCUCCCAGGACAGGACCUGCUCCCAUCCUGCGGGGGCUGUGAGCCCACCCGUCACCCCCUGUCCCUCUGUGGGGCUGGGCUGCCACAGGCCUGGCUGUGGAUGGGGAUGGUUUGGGGGGGGGGGGGGUCCAACCCUUCUCUCUGCAGCCCGAGGAGCUGCUUUACUGCUGGGGAGAGGCUGGUCCAGCACACCACCGUGUCCAGCUUGUCACUCGCUCUGUUCACUUGACUCCAUGAUUGUAAGACUCUGUGCUCCGCCCCUGACUCUGUAGCGCUGUAGGAGCUGCCGCGGUUUUUGUCCUCUGUAGAACGAGCAAGUGGGAGAACCCUCAAAGCAUCACCUUUACCCCUUUAGGGCUGCAGGACAGGGUAGCUAAGCUCACCCAUCCUGUGGCACCCCUGUCCCCUCCAAGCAGCCCCUGAGGGACACCAGCACCCAGGGCCAGGACAUCCUUCGCUUGCGCCGAGCUCCAGUGAGCAGCCCCUUCCUGCUGUGAGUGUCCUCAGCCCCAUCUGCCGUCUCCUCCCAGGGGCUGUGGGGUCCCAGGACAGCCCUUUCCAUCCACCAUGUCACCCACUGUCCCCUCCAGCAGCCCGAGCCACGUCCCCAGCCCCGACCCUGCAUUCAGACCCAGGCCUGAGGGUCCCCGUGAGCAGCCAGACAGCCUGACCCCAGCUUUUCCUUUACUCCACACACAUCUUGGGUCUGAAAGGAAGGGGUUAAAGCCGGCACUGAUUUAAAAAAAAAAAAAAAAAAAAAAAAAAAUCGUAUUUCUGCACUCCAAAAGAUUCUGCGUGUUAGCGAAGGUCCGGUGCCAGCCUGUGUGGUGUUGGCAGCCCCGUGCCCCCCGCGCUGCGCCAGGGAGGGGAGGGAAGGUUUGAUCUCAGUGUAUCAUUCUAGCUUAGCUUCUGUCUGUGGGUGUCCAUAGUGUAUCGUGUGUUUAACAACUGGUUUACACUGUUGCCGUAAAAGUGAAUUUGGAAAUAAAGUCAUUACUACGAUAAUGA